CCCCCCCCCCCACCCUGACAAUGCAGGUGCAACUGUUCCAUUCUUGUCACACUUCAACUCACACAAAACACAAAGGCCAACAAUAAGAACAUGGCAGUACGAGCUAUCACACCUCUCAGAAAUAGAGAGUAAAACCACUUGCACAUAACUUCAAAGACUGUAUUUCAGAAGCUCAGGUCCACUGUAUGAAAGGGUGACUUGUCUGUUGUCUGUCUGCAUUCCACUGACCCCACUUUCAUACAAAUCCAUAACCCAAGCCUCAUUAACCCUUCUUGUGAGCUGAUUUGGGAAAUAAUUGAGAACUGGGUUGCCAAGAAAAGUUCUAAUCCUCAGAUGACCUCAUCUAAAUAAUAUUUGCAAUUUCAUUCCUACACUUAAGGACACACAAACCAUCUUCAUAAGGGAGGUCAACUGGUUAAUGCUGUUUGAGGAUGUAAUUAUUCUGAGUAUUAUCAAAACACACCAAAACUGGUAGUAAAUAGUUACUAGUGGACUUCAAAGUGUUAAAUUUACUGACAGAAACUGGCUUCCACCUCAAACACUAGGAACAUAAAUGUGAUCAUAUGUGAACUAUUAAAAAUCAGAAUAUUAAUACAGAAGACCUUUUGGGUAAAGAUCAGCAAAUACACUUGGGAGGUAACAGUGAUGGCAGAAUUAGAACAGACUCUGGCAAUGAACCUGAUAACCAUAAUGGUGGUGAAACUUUGAACACCUCCAGAGAUAAAUGACCAUGCUCUUUUGUGUAUAUUUAUGACUUAAGGUUCCAAGAAGUUAGCAGUUUACAUUCUUGUGCUGUUGUGCUCGAUGCAAGUUACACUGAAGCAGCCAAGCAUUAAGAUAAAGGAAGAUCCACAUGAUACAGCAAAGUGAAGCAAGAUUCCAGUGUACAGUCGCUAUCUAAAAUAUCCAUUGGAAUUACAAGAACUACAGGGUUCAAAGGGUUAUCCUUAGUAGACGAAAUGACGAAAAGCUUUCUCUACUUUGCAUAUGGAAGUAAUUUGCUGGCUCAGAGGAUUCAUAUAAACAACCCUUCUGCAGUUCUAAAAGGAAUUGGAAAACUAAAGGACUACAGACUAGACUUUGGUGGACCAUAUUCAGACACAUGGUGUGGCCACCCUGCCACUGUGGUACCACAUGAAGGUAAACAUGUAUGGGGUGCAAUAUGGGAAGUAGAUAAUUCAAAUAUACUGGAUCUUGAUCGACAAGAAGGUGUACACCAGAACAUGUACUUCCCUAUUGAAGUAUGUAUAGAGACAAUGAAUGGUAAUGAGCUUAAUUGUCGAAGUUACCAACUCUGCUUAACACCUGAAUCCCUGAGAGACGGAGAGAUACUGCCUAAAGAGCGGCAACCAUCUCAAAUCUACUUGGAGGUCUUAAUUAAAGGAGCAAUGGAAUCUGGCUUGCCUUCUACAUAUAUAGAAGAACUUAGAAAAAUUCCAAACAAUGGUAAGAAAGGGAAUAUGAAGACACCUAUCAGCUUUUUCCUUGAAUGUAAUUAGUUACACCUAUAGACUGUUGUAUCAGAUCACAUUUACGUAAUAUGUUAUUGAAACAUAAACAUGUUUAUUUUUGAAU